AUGAAGUAGGUUUUAUAAAUUUUACAAGAGAAUUAAAUUCCUUAAGCAAUAAGACAAUUUGAAUAGUUUAAUAUCCAAAAUGAAGGAGCCUAAAUACUCUUAGAAAAAAUAAAUGAUUUAUAUACCUCAAACAGAAAUUUAGUUUGCCAAUGGAUAGUAGACACAGAUUAAAUUGAAACGGAAUACAAAUUUUUAGCUUAUAAUAUCUUAGGUAUCAUUAUUUAAAGAUUUAAUUAGGAUGUACCUUAGAAUAAGAAGACCUUAAAAUAGAAAAUUUUAGAAAAGCUAUUUCAAUAGCUUUAAAAAAUAAUUUUGACGUUUCAGAUCCACUAAUUAAUAUUCAAAAAGCUUAUUUACAUAAAUAAUAGUUUGAUAAAGUUUUAAGAUGUUUUAAAUAUUUUAAUUUAAUAAAAGGAAGAUAUAAAAUAGUAGCAAUUUAUAAUGUAUCUAAAGCUUAUUAAGGAUUAUAAAAAAUAGGAGAAUGUUUUGAAUAUUCAAAAAAAGCUUACGAAGAAAGUUUGAAGAUAUUUGGAAUUAAUGAUCCAAUGACUAAGAGAAUGGAAUAAUAUUUUAAUUUAAUAAAUAAUAAUAAAGAUUCAUAAACAUAUAAAUAAAUAAGUAAUCAAGAUAAUCAAAUAAGAAGGUAACAUUAGAGUUAAUUAUCAGAUACAAGUUCAAUUUUUGGUAAUAGUUUUUCUUAGUUUGACAAUGAUUUAUCAUUUAAUACAUUUAGUAGUAAAAGUAAUAAUUCUAAAGAAUAAUCAAUAACUGUAGAGUUUUCAUGUUAAAAUAGAGAAAUUUGUUCAUUAGAUAAUUAAAACUUAUGUUGCGAAUUAAUUAAAGAAUUUUUCAGAUUUGCAGAUCUAAAAAUAUAAAUAAAAAAUAUUUAAUCUAAUUCUAUUAAUGAAAUAUUAUAGAAGAAAUAUCAAAAGUUACCACUUCAGAUCAAUUAUUAAGAGCAAGAAGAUGAGAAUAUAUAAUAGCCUUUAAAUCUAAAUUAGUAUUAAGUUUAAAAUUAUUCAGAGGUUUAGAAUAAUAAAAUUUACACAUAUUAAAUAAAAGCACAAUAAGAAAAUUAUUUAUCUUAAUAAGAUAUAAUGAUUUAUAUAUAAGCUCCUUUGAUUAGGAGUUUUCUUAUUGAAAGUGCUUAGAAAGAUUUUAUUGUUAAAUUAGAUGAUAAAUUGUAUUAAUAUUAAGUAAGUCCAAUAUCAAAAUCGAAGUAAAAAUAAGAUGAGGUAAGUUAGUUUUUCUGGAGGUUAAAAAAUAUGUUGGAUAACAUUAUAAUUUUAACAACAAAUUUUUAAUCCUAAAAUGAAGCAAUAAAUUUUCAAAGUAUUUUGAAAUAAAAUAAAAUUAAAAAAAAGUUAUGUGAUUUACUAAGUUUAAAUGACUUUGAAUUAUAUUUAUCAUCAGAAAUAGAUUUAAAAGAUUUUCAAUGUUAUAGUAAUUUAUAGUAAUAAGCUCUUAAUUUAAAGACUAAAACAUAUUAAAUAAUUCUUAUUAUUAAAUGUGUUGUUUAAUUCAGUAACAUCAAGUAGAUGCAACAAUAGUUCUAAGAAUUUGCAUUAAAAUCAAGAAAUCUUUAAUUAAUAAAAGAGUAAUUUUAAUUAGAACUUGAAUUUAAUCCUGAUUCUAAUGUAAUAGAUAAAAAAAUUAAAUAACUUUAAUAAAGAGAAGAAUAAUUUGAAAUAUCAAUAUCUUAACCACAACUUAAAAUAGGUAGUAAAAAGAUGUUUGUAGUUGAUUCUACAAUUUAAUUUUGGAUGGAUAGAAAUGAUUAAUCUAAUUAGGAAGUUCAAUAAAUGUUCAAAAGAAUAAUAGAUUCUAUAUAGUAAAUAUUUUUUCCAUCUUUGAAACUUAUUCUUAGUGAUACAAAUUAAAUUAAAUUGUGGUAAAACUUCUUAUAUUAAUUUUAUAUUAAUAAUCCAAAAGAAGGUUGUACUCUGAAUAAUUAGUAUGUUUUAGAAUUUAAAGGUGAAUCUAAUUUGAUCGAAGCAAAAUAUAAAUUAAUUGAAUAGGAUUUACAAGAAUAUUAAUUCAAUUAAUUAAAUUUUGAAGUUUAAGAUAAAAUUGCAAAAGUUCUAAAAGAGAAAUAAUAAAUUUAAAAACAAUAUAAAUUAUCUUUAGAUCAAAUUGCAAAAUAAUUUAGUAAAUGCCUUAUUUAGAUUGUGGGUAUAAGUGAUAACAAAAUUUAAGUUGAUACCUACAUAAAUAAUUAAACAACAUUAAAUAAUAUUUAGUUACUACUGUAGCAACAGUUUUUUUAAAAUUUAAAUAUAUAUACAGAAAAGAAUAUUGAGAUCGAAGAUAUUUGUGCUUUUUUAGGAGUAUAAAAAGAAUAAUUUAAAAAUCAAUAUCAAGUUGUAGUAUAAAAGAAUAAAAAUGAAUAUAAUUUUAUUGGACAAAAUAAAGAUUUAGAAGAGAUAAAAAAAAUAGUAGAAUAAACUAAAAAAUAUAAACAAGAAAAUAGAAAAACUAAAAUAAUUGAAUGCCCAAAUAUACUUGUAUUCAAUCAUUUAAAAGAAUAACAUUAAUAAUCAUUAAAGAUAGAAAAUUAAGAUAUCUAAAUAUUGUAUUCUUAAAAUUAAACUAUUAUAUUAUAAGGAAUCAAUCAAUAAUAAUUGAUAGAUAAAUCAAAUAGCAUUUCUUAAGAUAUUCUCAAACUUGAAAAUGAAUUAAUAACUAAAACUUGUAUAAUUAAAGAAAAAUUAUUGAAAUUCUUUGAAAAAAAUUUCAAAUAAUACUACACUACUUUAGAAAAUUCAAAAAAGGCAUCAAUAAAAUUUUAGGAGAAAAAUAAAUACUCUAUUAUAUCUUAGGUAUUAUAAUCAAAUAAAAAACUUCAAUUAAUUAAAGGCGAAAUAACUUAAUUAGAAUGUGAUGCUAUAUUUAAUUUUCAUAGUAAAAAAGGACAAAACUUAUAAUUUAACAAAGAAACUGAAAAAAUUUUUAAUUUUGGCGGUUAAAAUUAUCAAAAAUUUUUUUUAAAUUAGAUAGAAAAUACUAACUGUUAGUAAAAAGAAUUGGAUAUAAAAAUUUAUAAGAUGAAUUAAUUUAGAAACAUUCGUUUCAUCAUAAAUAUUGUUACUUCAUCUUAAUUUACAAAAGAAUAAAGAGAUCCUAAAAAAAUAACAAAAAUAAUUGAUGAACUCUUCAACCAUAUUGAACAAAAUUGUUGCAUUUCUAGUGUAGCAAUUUAUAUACCUAAUAAUAUUGAGAAUGAUCAAUAUUAAAAUAAUAAUGUAAUUGAAACAUAUCUUAAUAGUAUAAUGAAUAGAUUAUUUAAUGAAACAAAUUAAUUAAAUUAAGUUUAAAUAGUUGAAUAACUUUAACCAAAAAUUACUUAAUUAAAUUCUAUUCUUUAAAAUAUUUCUAAAAAUUUUAUUGUGGGUUAAAUUAAAUAUAAAUGGUAAUGGAAAGAUGGUAUGAAAUUUUCGAAUUAUAACGAUGAUGUUAAUAUUUAACUUGAUGAUGCAUAUGAAAGAUUUACAUAAACAAAUUAAGAAAUUAAAAUUUAGUUGAAAUUUGAAAUAGAGUCAAAACCUAGCACUCAUUCAGUUGAUUUAUAAAACUUAACCAUGAUAGAAUUAUCUUCAAAAAGGGAAAAUUAAAUAAUUUAUUAAAACAAAUGGGGAAAAAUAAGUUACUAUAUUAAUAACGAAUUAUUAGAUGAUGAAUAUACUUAAUACUUUAUUAGAAUGUAUAAAAAAUAAUGUUAUUAAUUUGAAAUAUUUUGGAAGAAGCUUUUAGUAGUAAUCAAUAAUUAGUCUAUGUAUUAAGUAAAUUAAUAAACUAAUUACUAAAGAGAAAUUUAAAGAAUUCCUUGUGAUUAAGAUAAAGUUUAAUCAAAGUAAAAUAUUACUAAUCAAUUUGAUAUAAAUACUAUUUAAGAAUAUUAGAAUUAAUUUUAAAUUUAAUCAUUCAAUCAAAAUAUGAAUGAAAAAAUAUUAAUAGAAAUAAACUAAAUGUUAUAAUAAUCCAUAAUUAAUUUAAAAAUAGAGAUACCAUAAAUUAGUGAUAAAAACUUAAAAAAUUUUACUGGCUAUUUAGAAACAGUAGCAUUAAAUUUUAGAGGAAUAAUUAAUUAAGGAUAAACCAUUAAUAUAGAAAUUUUAAAAAAGAAAUAAAACAAAGUUUUGAAACAAUUAGAAUUAAUAAAAACUUUAGCUAAACAAUAUCCUGCAAAAUGGAUUAAAUAAAAUAAUAAUUUUGUUAGAGUUUCUAUUCAAUAAAAUUCUAAAGAAUAUAAUAAAAUUAAGAAUUAUUUUUCAAAAACAGAUAAUGGAACAAUUAAAGCUAUUUUUAGGAUACAAAAUAAAUCUUUGUGGGAUAAUUAUAUAGUAGAAAGAAAUAAAUUAUUUGAAAUUUGUUAAAAAUAAAAAAGAUUUUUACUUCCUAAAGAAUAAAAGAGAUAUUUAUGGCAUGGAGUUAAAAAUUAACAUCCAUAAGUUAUUUAUUAAAACUUAACUGAAGCCUUUGAUGUUACAUUUAGUAAUGUAAAAUAUUUAUUGUAUUUUAGAUUGGACUUUGGGGAUAAGGUAUAUAUUUUGCUGAAAAUGCUAGUUAUUCAAGAAAUUAUGCUUAUAAAAUAACAAGCCAAGAUGAUCCUAAUUAUGCAAAUAAUCUUGUAUUUUUAUGUUGUUUAGUUACUACAGGUAAAAUUGAAACAAGAGAAAGUUCUCAAAAUAUUAAAAAGCCAAAUGAUGGUUUCGAUUGUGUUUCUGGAUAUACAUAAGGAAGCGAAAUAUUUGUUAUAUAUUAAAUGCAUGUAAGAAGAGCAUACCCAGCUUAUGAAGUAAUCUUUUCAUGA